GUUUAAUUAAGUUUGGCACCCAUCCAUUUACAUAUACCCCCGUAUCAUCAACUACUAAUAACUAUUUAGUAUGUUUCCAUCACGUCGCGCAACCGUCACAUAUAGGAGCUGUGUAAAUUGUUGCAUGGGCGCGGCGGAGUCAGCAAGUAAUAGGUUGCCGCCGCCACCGUCAGGCACCGGCGGUGGGAAACUGGUGGUGGUGGGCCCUGAGUACUGUUCUCGAAACCCCUUGGAGCUGACCGUAAAAAAGAAGAUCUUUUGCUUGUCGGAGGAGUCUGCCAUCACGGAUGUCAACAACAACCUACUUUUUAGAGUUGAUAAAUCGGUAGUCUUUAGUGACCCUCAGAAACUGAUCUUCGUCGAUGCCGCCGGACUUCCUACUCUCACCAUCCAGAAAAAGUUCUGGAGUAUUAGUGGUACGUGGCAAAUGUUUAAGGGAGAAGAUAUGACAGAUGAAGAACAUCUGAUUUGCACUGUGAACAGGGGCUUUGCGGUCAUCAGAGAUAAAUUGAAUGUAUACUUGGCACAAAACACCACCCAAGAACACUGUGAUUUCCAGAUCAUAGGAGGUUUUCUUGACGAUUCCUACGCCGUUUACGCUGGUGAUGAUCAAUCUGAGAUUGUUGCCCAGAUAUACAAGAAGUUUACGAUGGGAAGUUUUCUUCUUGGAGAGAAUGAGUACAAGGUGACAGUUAAUCAGAACACGGAUCACGCCUUCAUUCUUGCACUUGUAGUCAUUCUGGAUGCCCUCAAUUACUCGAGUUCUCUGUAUUACAGAAGACGACGCACUGGCUGUGCUUGGGUUGGGUUGUUCUUUUUCUUUGUUUAUAUUAUUAUUAUUAUUAUUAAUCUGUUUAAAGAGACUAAUAGUAGUUUUCCAUUAAUUCCUACGUGACAUGUAUGUAAUCUAUUAAAAAUUCGAGAGACGUCUUACUAACUAAACUACAACUCAUUGUCUACUGUGGUGAAUUGUAAACAAAAACAUCUUAAAGACUUUUAUUGGAC